CAUCUGACCCUGCGCAGUAGUAUUUAUCCUUCACGUGUCCCGUUCCGCUUUCAGCGUGCUUAGACAUGCUCCACAGAGAACCCGGAACGAGAUUUACGGAAAGCAGAGGGCGGUUGCACCCGGGAUCAGCCGGAUUCCCAGAUUGCCGAGACCUGCCGAAGGAUUCCCGCGUGACCGCCUCUGAUGCGAUCUACACACUUCCGCUUUGCUUUCCCGCACUCCCGUUCUUCGUCCAACCGCUCAUGGGUCUACUGACGAUAAUCAGAAAGAACCGGCAGAAAGAAAAAGAAAUGCGGAUUCUCUUCCUCGGCCUCGAUAACGCGGGGAAGACGACUAUCCUGAAGAAGCUGAACGGAGAAGAUAUCAUGAGCGUAAGUCCGACGCUCGGGUUUAAUAUCAAGACGUUUGCGCAUGCGAAUUACACUCUGAACAUAUGGGAUGUCGGCGGGCAGCGGACGCUCCGCCCGUACUGGCGCAACUAUUUCGAACAGACGGACGCCCUUGUGUGGGUGGUUGACUCCGGAGACAGACUCCGGAUGAAAGAUUGCAAGGACGAGCUGCACAGUCUGUUGUUAGAAGACCGGCUUGCAGGCGCCUCUCUUCUUAUUUUUGCAAACAAACGGGAUCUCCGGGGAUCUAUGAGCGAGUCCGAGAUCCGCGAUGCGCUAGAUCUGCGCGCUAUCAAGUCCCAUCAGUGGAAAAUCUGGUCCUGUAGCGCUGUCACAGGCGAAAAUCUGGUGACGGGCCUCGAUUGGGUGGUCGGAGACGUCGCGAAUCGGCUAUAUUAUUCUGUUGCACCCGUCGCGCAACUCUGAGACGCGCAUCUAACUUGGCCGACGUUUUGGCAGUGAGCGUUCGAGGGAUCACAUCUGCGUCUGUGCGCGUAGUCUGUUGCGAGAGGACGCAACUGUCGUUUCCGUUUCCCCAUUGAAGGCCCCGUUGGAUUGAAUUGAAGCUAGUGCAAAUGAAUGAAGGGUGAAGGCGCAAGAGAUAACUCGGAGGUUGAAUGCAUCAAGAAGAAAGUCACCUCGCCCCCGAUCUUUAGCUUCGCACAUCGGCCUCCACUUUACGUUUCGGUCUCUCAAUUCAAACCCUCUGGACCCGCGUCGAUCACUCUGAGAAGGUGCUAAGAUUCUCGCGAAGAAUGCUAGCCAGUCGUUGGUUGCCCGGGCUGACCUCAUUUCGGGCCCACGUCGCGCAGUGAUCUCCAGGUCAUAUGUACUACGAUGGCGGGUUCGGCUGGGCUCCGAAUGUCAGGACUUACGUUGCUUACCUCCGCAAGAUAUAUUUGCUUGCAACCGGGAACCCGAACAUAUGUCCGCCCACACGUAAGUCGUAUGUAAGUCGCAUGUUGCUAUCUCGGCCUGGGAAUUCUGCCAUCUUCCCGCAACGUCUCGGCGUGACAGCCGACAAAUCCCCAAUAUGCCUGAAAAUGAAUCAUCCCAGAAAGAAGACAGGCCAGACCAGCGAUGGGUUCCAAUGAUCAGGCGCGCCUUGCGGGCCGCAUCGGAUCGGCUCAACGACCAAACGUUCGCGGGGCCACCGAUGGACACUCGUCGCACUAACUAACUCUCUUGGCGGUUGCAGAGAAAGAACAUUUACACCCCCGAUGUCACGCCGCAGGAAGAGACUAUGCUAUGCAAACUCAAUGCUCCUGCGCUUGACACAUUCUGUGCGUUAAGGUUUCAGUGGUUCUAGAUCGACCAACCGAGGCGUUUGUGCGACCAGUUGUUUACAUUGCAUUGGGUUGGGUCGAAGGUGCGAAACUCAUUAGGCUUCGAGGACCGCACUCGAGUGGACUGCUGCGGACCUGCGACGGUUCCUGUGCAUGCAAGUCACGAUCAUUUAUUCCCCCGUCUUCGCCAUGCAGGAAGCGAGGCUGAAUCGAGUUGCUCGCGCCACUGGUGGAUCCCCCGGCCGAGUGCCAAGUCUGAGGAAAAUCAACUCGCGGCGAUGUUCGCUUCCAGGCGGCGCGUGUGUCAGAGCGCGACAGUGUCUUUGUCUCUACGUGUCUGUGUCUAGCCUGUGAAUAACCCGAAGUGGAAGAGUGAAAUGUAUCGAAGAACACAUGGAGACACCAUGCGAAAUGUCAAACAAAACAGGACAUGAAAUCGAGGCCCGUGGCCGGUGCGUUGUCGGGGGGAAACGUGACACCAAGACUCCCAGCCGACAGGAAAGACUCCGAAGGAGAGAGAGAGAUGCGGGUGGCGCUGAUCGCCAUCACGCAUUCUUGAUCGUGCCGGGGAGUCACGAUACGACUGAGCACGCCAUCUCCCAAGCUUGUCCCUCGCAAAAGUUCGCCGUCAACAGGUUCUCUGUGCUACUCCGCGCAUAUCAUCACCUCCGCAGAAUAGAUGUCGUCUUGUUUCUAUCAUCGGGCACCUGCCACCGGCUGUGGGCCUCGAGACAUUCCUGAUCGAAAUCCAGUGUGCAGAAGUCGUCGCUUUUUUGCCAUGCACGCUCAUGCCCCACCAAAUAAAGUCCGACUUGUCCCGCACCGGCUGUCGCGACAUCUGAUGCUCUCACGGGACUGUUUGCUAUCCUUCCGGGUUGUGAGGACAUAAUAACGCAGAGAUCGGCGACAACGCAGCCGAAGAGCGAGGGGGGAAACGCUCGCAGGUGACUGGCUGGACAGGGUCGGCGCGGCUCGGGCGGCGGCCGCGGCGACCCGGACGGACUGGGGUGACCGAGUGCCGCCACAGCCCCGACAUGGAACAUGGACGGACGAGGCGGGAUAAUCGCGGUGACAGAGUGUGGGGAAGAGGGAAUCCCGGGAGGAAUCCUGGGAUUCAUUCGGCGUGAGAAGAAAAGGCAAUCGCACGUGGAAAGAUGCGAGCUACCUUCCUGCCUUGAGAGCCAGUCUGCAUUCCUGAUUUGGGUGACGCCAGAUUGGGAUGGCUGGUCCUGGCCAAGGAGUCUAUAGGAAUUCUGUGGUGACUUCCAGCCGAUGCCGAUCUCGAUACGACAUGCCCCACAGCGCGAAGAAAAAUGGCACUCCCAAAUCCAACCGAACAUAAAAGCCGUCGUCUCGUCCGACAUCUCGCACUUCCUCAUCCAUCCAUCCGCCCCCGCCUCCGCGACAAUGCCCUCGACCAUCUCCCAGUCGUGCGUCCCACCCAAGUUCGCGCCGUCGUCCAAGGCCCUCCAGUCCACCUCGUCCUCGCUCCUCGCCCUCUCCUUCAGCCCCUACUCUUGGGUCUGCACAUUCGCGCGAUCCUCCAUCCUCUCCGUGCUCGACGACGCUAUCACCGUCGGCCACUUAACGCUCUCCGACUCUGAGGGCACCCGUUUCUAUGGCCAGCGCGGCAAGGGUUGCAAUGAGGUCCAUAUGAAAGUCGUCAACGAAAACUUUUGGUUGCGGCUCAUACUGUACGCGGACUUUGCCGAGAUUUACCUUUGUCGAGCCCUAACGUGCUUCUGUUGCAGAUCUGGUGAUCUCGGCUUCAGCGAAGCCUUCAUGAUUGGAGAUGUCGAAGUUUCAAAUCUUCGAAGCGCAAUGAACCUGUGGCUCGAAAACCAGGCGGGCAUGGAGGCCACGCUAUCAUCAACCGUCGCCAAGAUCUCGUCCGCCGUGUCGGCAUUAUACAACAACGUGCUCGGCCAGACGCGAUCUCAGGCUCGCUUAAAUGUCAUCGCGAGCUACGAUCAGUCGAACGAGUUGUUCAAGGCCUUCCUCAGCAAGGAGAUGAUGUAUUCUUGCGGGCUCUGGAGUGAUGCCGAAGGGGGUGUCCGCGGUGACCUCACAUCUGGGCCCACGCCAGGGGACCUCGAAGCAGCCCAGCUUCGCAAGAUCCGGCAUGUUCUCACAAAAGCCCGCGUCAAACCCGGUGACCGCAUCCUGGAGUUCGGCAGUGGCUGGGGGGGUCUGGCCAUCGAGGCUGCACGCACUUUCGGCUGCGAGGUCGACACCCUCACCCUUUCCAUCGAGCAAAAGGCGCUCGCCGAGGAACGUAUCAGGGAUGCCGGCUUCGAGGGCAAGAUUCGAGUCCACCUGAUGGACUACCGUGAGAUCCCCGCCGAGUUCGAAAAAGCAUUCGACGCGUUCGUCAGUAUUGAGAUGCUCGAGCACGUCGGCUCAAAAUACUACAACUUGUACUUCAAGCUUGUCGACUUUGCGCUAAAGUCUUCACACGCAACAGUCGUGAUUAGUGCAUCAACGUUCCCUGAAUGUCGAUACUCCGGCUAUCAAUCUGAGGACUUUAUGCGACGGUAUAUGUGGCCCAACUCCUGUCUCCCCAGUGCCACCGCGCUCGUGACCGCAGCUCAAGUCGGCUCUGAAGGCCGAUUCACACUUGAAGGUGUCGAGAACCACGCUGCCCACUACCCACGGACGCUCAGGGAAUGGGGCCGGCGGCUCGAGGCGAAUCUCUCGCAGGAUCUCGUAUCCCAGGAUUACCCGGGACUGCGCAACCGGGCAGACUACGACGCAUUCAAACGCAAGUGGCAGUACCUGUUCGCAUACGCCGGUGCCGGCUUUGCUAAAGGCUACAUCACCUGUCAUAUGCUGACCUUCAUCCGACAAAAUGACAUUCCCGCCGAAGCUUGCGACUGAGGGCGACUCCUCACGCGCCCCUUCCUCACUUCCAUUCUUUCUACGGGACUCGGGACUCGGCGGACUAUCUAUAUAUUAUCUUUAUUCGCUCCUCUCACUUUUACUCUACCUCGGAACCAGCAUAGAACUUGUUUGUAGAAUAGUCGUCACGAAAUUUCAGCAUAGAACCCGCGCACGCCGUGCUUCAAGUAAGCUAUCAUAGAUGUACAUGUGAGAGUCAUUCCGAUGACACUCUAGCCAGGAUAUGAGCUAAAAC